GGGGCGCAGGGUGCGGAGCUCAGAGCUCGGGCCUGGUUUCUCAGAGCCCGUCUCCAGCUGGGGACCUGCACCCCAGGGCAGGGGGGUGCGGGGGGAGGGGCAGACCCACCCGGGCCGGGAGGGCAGGCCCCGGAGAGCCGGGCCACCCUCGUCCCCGCCCCUCUGGGCGCGGGGCUGUCAGGGUUCCUGUUUGGAGAGAAAAACCAGCAAAACCCAACGAGGCGAAGGGGGAGGAGGACGGAGCGGGCCCGGCGGGGCCUGGCGGGGCCUGGGCGCCCCUGCCCGGCCGGAGGGCCGUGCCCGCCGCUGGCGAUGGGGCAGGGCGCGGGCGGCCGGCUGGCGGCCAUCCAUCUGCGGCGGCGGGCGCGGGCCGGGGCUGUUUGUAACUUUGCUGCCGCGGUCGCCGCGGUCCCCGGGGAGCGGCCCGGCGCGCCUCCCAUUGGCCGCCGCCGCGUCAGCUGGUGCGAUUUGCUGCUGUCGCUUUUGGCGUUCGGCCAUCCAGAAACAAACCAGUUCGAUGACUACUAAUAGUUAUAGCCAGAUGUACUAAUACACAACAAAUCACGGGCCUGCGGAGGGGCGCGCCAAUGAGUUCCUAUUUUGUGAAUCCCACUUUCCCCGGGAGCCUGCCCAGCGGCCAGGACUCCUUCCUGGGCCAGCUGCCCCUCUACCCGGCCGGCUACGACGCGCUGAGGCCCUUCCCGGCCUCGUACGGGGCGUCCAGCCUCCCGGACAAGACGUACACCUCACCUUGUUUCUACCAACAGUCCAACUCGGUCCUGGCCUGCGGCCGGCCGUCCUAUGAGUACGGGGCCUCGUGCUUCUAUUCCGAUAAGGACCUCAGUGGCGCCUCGCCCUCGGGCGGUGGCAAGCAGAGGGGCCCCGGGGACUACCUGCACUGUCCUCCCGAGCAGCAGUACAAAUCCGACGGCAGCAGCGUGCCCGGCAAAGCCCUCCAUGAGGAAGGCGCCGACCGGAAGUACACGAGCCCUGUGUACCCCUGGAUGCAGCGGAUGAACUCCUGUGCGGGUGCCGUGUACGGGAGCCACGGGCGCCGAGGCCGCCAGACCUACACGCGCUACCAGACGCUGGAGCUGGAGAAGGAGUUCCACUUCAACCGCUACCUGACCCGCCGCCGCCGCAUCGAGAUCGCCAACGCGCUCUGCCUCACCGAGCGCCAGAUCAAGAUCUGGUUCCAGAACCGCCGCAUGAAGUGGAAGAAGGAGAACAAGCUCAUCAAUUCCACGCAGCCCGGCGGGGAGGAGGCCGAGGCCAAAGCGGGCGAGUAGGCGCCCGGGCGGGGACCAGGCCAGCGGCGCGACCUCCCUCGGCUCUGCUCCCUCGCCUUCGCCCGCUCCCCAGCCUUUCUCUCUGCCUGCUACCAUCUGGGGGGCUUACGCAGCUUCAGGGGAGCCCGGAGCUUUGCAAACGCCUGAGCAUUUAUUUCUUACA